CACACACACAUACACACUCACAUGUACAUGUCGGCUCCCCUGUUGUACUUUGUGGAAUAGUGGAUUACUUUCCAAAUUGAUCCACUCGUCCAGCAAAUCCAGGCAUGAUCAGGUGGCAGCGUGUCGGAGCGGUGUUGAACUGUGAAAUGAACCAUGGAGGGGUCCAGGAGGCCAGUCACUAGCCGAGCCAACAGCCGCACAAGCAGCAGCAGGAGAAGCAGGAGGCCCCGCAGCAUGCAGCUGGGCCCUCACUAGCACCAAGUGGACCCGGUCCCCCCCCCCCUCUUCACCUGGGGCCAGGGCUGCAGAAUGCUCAGUCCUGUCACCCCAUACAGUCUGUUGAAGAUGCACUGGUCCCCGGAGCACGCCGCCCCCUUAUCUCAGUGGCCUGAGCAGCACCUAGAUGUCACCUCUACCACCUCACCGCCGUCUGGCCACAAACACGACCCUUACGCCACAGCUGGUCGCCGUGGCUAUGCCCCUGGAGGUUACCCUUGGGCCAGUGAUGACAUAUCAGCCCUUACAGCUUCUUCUCUGCUCAAACGCUACGCUGAGAAGUACUCGGGUUUGGAGCUGUCCUAUGAUCGCCCUCCUACAGGGGUCUACCCAGAGCCUGGAACUUUCCUGAAAACUGAAUCUGAGCCAUGGGCUCUGGGUCAGGGCAUCGAGUGUUACCCUGGACUGGAGGCAUUAACUGGCACCAAGGUGGGCUCUCUAUCUGUGGGCAUCCCAGCCACAGGAAGUGUGACAGUAGUGAGCAGUAACUUGGCCUCUGAGCCAGGUUAUAGUGGCGCUGGCACCUGCAGUGCUCCGUCAUCUCAGGAAUACCCUCCUGCCUACAACAGCACCUAUCUGUCCUCAGGAUACUGCCCUCAGCCCAGCGCAGCACUUCCCCCUGGCUCUCUACACUCUUUGCAGGCCGCACCCACUCUAGUGCCCAGCUACAGUGCCAGCACUCCUGUCUACAACUACCCUCCAGGGUGCUACCCCCAAACCAGCCUGUCCUCUGGAUACAGCCACCCCAGUGCCUCCUACCUGCCCCCUGGGAUUAGUGCCCCAACUCCUCUGGCCCCUAGACCCACCAUGGUGGGGGGCAGUUACAGCUACCCAUCUCACAGCCUUGGAGGGAGCUCCGAGGGAGGGGUGCCGCUGAAACGCAAGGCCUUUGAGAUGGCGGAGGAAGGACAGGAGGGAGCAGAGGUGGAAGGAUCCCGCUACAGAAAGUACGGCAACGGUCAUAGUAAAGGCCACGGCAACGGGCACGGCAAUGGCUACGAUAUGAGCGGCUCUGCCUCAGACCCACAGGCCUACAAACCUGGAAAGCCCAUGAUGUCACCCCCUUAUGGAGGAGCAGGGGACUACAGCCCACCAUCAGGCCUGGCAGGAGAGAGUGUGUCAGGGGAGCACAACUUUCCUCAGCAACAGAGAAUGUCUAUGAAGAUACCCUCAUCGCACACACGAUCUGAGGACCCCACUGCAGGGCGCUGACGACACUGAGAGGAUCUCUCUCUUUGAAACCAACCAGGGUUCUUAAUCCAGGGAACAAAAUUGGAUUAGUCAAUGAAAGGUUUAAUUUCACUAGCGAACACAAGAGGGCACAAGACUGGUAUUUCUUAUGUAUCUUUACCAUUUUCAUUAUUCCUGUUUUUCCAAAGAUUCACAGGGGCAUUUGCCCGGUAAGGUUGAGGUAAGUCUUAGGGGUGAGGUUAAGGUUCUCUACAUAGAUAGCUUUAAGACAGUCUAACGUAUGAGUGUCUGUUUCUCUCAGGAUCCUAUUUAUUUCCUUUCUGCUACUGCUGCAGCCGCACUGCAACGUGUGCUGUUUUAGAAGUGUGGCCAUUAUGUAUGUAAAAGGAGUUUGACUGCAAUACGUUCUACCGCACCACAAAAAUCAUUACCGACCAAAAAGUAAGGAGAGCAAUAACUGAAAUGGUGAGAUUGCCAUACUACUUCAGCACAAUCACUGCUACUUUACACAGCUGACUCCGAGGCUCGGUGUGUCACCCGGCCUUGAGAAAUGAAUGUUUCCCAGCUCAUCCCUCGCUUUCCCCCUAGCUUUACUCAUUCUUGACUUUUUUUCAGCUUCUUUUCAUGUUUCUUGAUCUUAUUCUAUCCCGGUGUCCUGCUUCUUGUUCGCAACCUUUUUCAUUGCAGAACAACCUUUUGUUUUUUUUGUCCAGUUUAUACAUUACAAGCUGCUUAUCAAAUGAUUACAUAUAGUAUACAUGAAGCCGCCCUUUAAAAUUGUUUUAGUUUAAAGAAAGGGGAAUAAUCUAAGAUUGUAUGUUCAUUUAAAAAUGUAUUUAGCAUUCACACAAUGACAGCAUACGAGUAGAUGCGGAUCGUCUUCAAAGUGUGUUGUUUACUUGCAGAUUUCUUCUGAACUUGGAAAUAACAAAGAAUCUGCGAAUAUUGGUGCAGCUUACGCCUUUAAUAUUACAACUAUUACAAUAAAUAAUGAGUAUAGAAAACAACCGAAAAACAAACAACCAUGCUUAAGUCUGCAUACUGCAAAGAUUCACUCAGAGCGAACGGUUUAAAAGCCUGUUUGUUACUUCUGUUUGGAUGCACAGCCCAGACUGAGAGGCAUGCAAGUCUCAGAGGAGGAUGAAUGCGUCCGAGUGAGUGCCUCAAACUAUUUUUGCUCAACAUUAUAUUCUUUAUGAUCAUCUUACCUGCUUGUCUGCUAUAGGAUUUACAUUUUUUUUUUUUUUAUAUGCAUUCUCUUUACUUUUGCCUCUCAAAAGGAUGAUUUAUAGUCGUGUUAUUGAAUACUCAGGAAGAAUAAUGUUACCUCAGAAUGAUAAAAUAAGAAUGUAUGUUAUUACCUUAGGGUGUUUGUAAGGAGCUUUAUGGAGCAAGAUGAAAACGGAGCCAUGGCUUUUAUUAAGAGCAAAACAUACUCUGAACACUUCAGGGAAACCAUGAACUUACAAGGCCUUUGAUGCUAACAAUAGAAAACGCACGCACGCGCACACACACACACACACACACACACACACACACACACACACACACACACACACACAGCUUCUUAGCUCUGGGAAAAUGAAACUUGAGGUUUUUGUACCAAGGCCUGAAAUGUUGAAUGUAAUUCAGAUAUUUUUUUUAAAAGGACAAUACAUGCCAUAAUGUACAUCGAUGAUGUUUUUAGAUAUACAAAACAUAUUUUCUUCAUGUAUAAAUGUAAUUCUCUUAUAGGUUUUUGGUGGAGAAAUGAAUGACAUGUUAAGUGUUAGUGUAGUUAGCAGUGGGGAAAAGGUUUUUUGUGGACAAACUCGAAAUAAAGCACUCCUGAUAAACAACUUUUGACAUAUCAAGACGUACACAUAUUACAUUAUAUGCUCUAUAAUAAGUAUGUUUAUUAAAUGUCUUAAUAAAGAGUCCAAUUUUAAAGUAUGUUAAAACCGCUUGACACAGUGUCACCAGUCAAUCAGCUUCAUUUGAGCUCUAACAUGAAUUAACAACAUGAAGAAGGGAGAAGUUAAAUAUUUAGCAAGUAUGUGCACUGUCAAAAAAUAUGUACAGUUACAACUGUAAAUCCUUUUUUUUUAAACGAGUUGUAGCUUUGUUGCUCCACUAAUGCCAUCCCUUCAUAAAUUGUGCCAUAUCAAUAUUUCUUUGGCAAAAUUAAGAACUCAUGCCUCAAAGCAUGCCCAGAGAGUGGAUCCCCUUUAAUAGUAAGAUUUAGGCUGAAACGCAGCUUCAGAUUUAGUCUUAAAUUCAAUGUGAUGAAAAUGUAUUUUAAUUUGGAAAUAUAUUCAUAAAAUUGAGCUUGCUGAAAAAAAACCAUCACAAAAAUAUUUAGCUUCAAAAUAUGCUGGAGUAAAAAUAGAUUAAUAAAAAGGUGUUACGCAAAAAACAACGUGUUCUUACCCCCAGAUUAAAAAAAGUAUUUAAGCGCUUAGCUACAAAAAUGGAAUGCUCUUCAAUGCCACACAAAGAAUGUGCUCUACAUUAACCUACACGCUGGUGUUACUCUGAUUCAUUGAAGUAAUGAGUUGAAUUUGUCCAACUGAUGGAAAAAAGCAUUUCAGUGUUAUCUUUCAGUUGUACUUUUGUUGUAUCUUGUACAUUCUCUGUAACCAUUUCUACCUCAUUUUGAAGACAUUGUACAUGGAAAUAUUUAUUUCAUGUCAUUUCACAUGCCAGUUUAAGGAGCAAUGUUUCCAAUGUUUUUGACCUGUUAUAGUCUACCUCACUAAAGACUGUUGUGUCAUGGAAAUGAAGAUA